GAAAGGUUUCAAACUAGCUUGUUGUCGGUGAGCUACAACGCAUGCGCAAAAUUGACCCUACUCAAAAACCGGAACAAACUUUGUUGGCAAAGAAAAAUAAAAAGACCGAGUUUGUCCAAAGGAAUGCUGUGCGGGACAUUUAUCUGCCUUUUUCUGUUAGCUAGCUGUUAGCCACAGCUGGCCCACUACUCAAAAGCGAAUUCAGGAGCAGAUUUGUGAUGGAGACUAAAGUCACGUAUAUUUGUUUGUCUUCCCCACUUGAGUCGAAAGGGCUGAAUGCAAAGAGCGCCACAUGGAGGCGGUGUUAAAAAAUGUUGCUAGCGCGGUGGAGCUGCUAGCUGUGGCGGCUCACAGCGAUGCGGUGAGUCAGUGGGAUGAGCAGACUCUGUCCAGAGCGUUUCAGUGGGCCGGCUACUGCGAGCACGUUUACACCAGGUUUCACACGAACUCUGCUAUUAGAAGAGUCGUGGAGAAGCAGCUGCAGCACACCAAUGCAACUCUACGAGAUGCUUUUGCAGACUACAACGAAGUCUCCUUCAUGGACCUCCCCCGCUGCGAGCACCUGCUGCUCCGGGCUCUGCUCAACAACCCCCAGCUGCCCAUUUCCACCAUCAGGAUCCUUUUUGGCCUAAAGAACGGUACCAGCAGACGGUACCACUACCAGGAGGUGACAGGACUCUGCAGCCACCUCAUCCAGUGUAAAUCAGCAUGUGAAGUCCUGUGUCCUUUCUCAGGCCUGUCAACUGUUAGUGCUGAAGCUGAGGUGCAGGGGGAGAUGCUGAUGAAGAGGCUGGGCGCUCUGCUGAGCCAAGGCAGUGACCCCAGUCAGGCCGAGCACUUCUUACACUCCAGCCUCCCGCUGUGUGAAGGAGCAGCCCGGCAUUCCUGUUUAGUCAUCACAGCAGCUCUGCUGACAGCAUCAGAUUCAGCCGGCCAAACCUCCUCGCAGAGUUUUCUGUUGGAUUGGCUGCAGAAAGAACACGGCGUGCUGCAGCACAUGGGCUCCACGCUGCCUUCUGCCGUUCUGAAAGAUCUAGCCGGGGCUCAUCGGAAAUUUAGAGACGCGUACUUUGGCACUCUGAAAAAGUGGGCGUCAGAGAUGGAGUACAGCCUGAGCGAUGGAGAAUGGGUUCCUGCAUGCACAGCAGCAGCGCCGGCUCUGUCCUUUCCGAAAAUGGUCGAGCACUUUUCAGACUUGUUUGACGCCUGUCCGUCUUUGAGGAGGAACGCAGAGGAUGAGCUGCUUCAUUUAAAGAUUUUAGAUGGAGACUUUGACGCCAGAGGCCUGAGUGUUUGGGGAGACAUUCUGUCAGAAGUAAAGAAGUGACAAGUUUUGUUUUUCAAUACUAAAAUAUAUGCACAUCCACAACUGCAAUGUUUUGUAAUACAAAAUAUAUGAAAUCUAUUUGCAUUGUUUUGUUUGUUAUUUAAAAUAAAUUAUAUAUUUUCA